AGUUCAACCUGAUAGCCCCCCAACUCGUCCUUUCCCAAAAAUUGCAUCUUUUUUGCUGUCUUUCCUCUCAAACGGCAAAAUUCAACAACUUCACAUAGUGUGUAACUAAGCUUAUAAUGAUGGCAUCUUAUUCUUCUGUGUUACGUGGGAAAGAAGACAAAUGUUUUCCUCCUCCUCACAAGUUGUUUCCAACUCAUGGUUUUGCCAUGGAAGAACAGAAACAGAAGAAGAAGGUUCAAGAUUUUAACUAUACAGGCACUGGCUGUGAGGAACAGAGCACUGACGGGUUGAAGAAAGUGAAAGUUAAUUGGGGGAAUGAUUCGAUUUUUGGUACUUAUGGGUUGUCAGAACACUCAUCUUCCUCUGGUUUAAGCAGCCCUUUUGGGUCUGAACUUGGCUCAACAGAAACUGAUGAAACUGAAAGCGAAGAAGAUGAAGAUUUCAUUGCUCAAUUGACUCGUCAAAUGGCUGAUUAUAUGCUUAAAGACGAUGACGAAGAAGAAGAUGAAAAUGAUGAAAACAGAGUCCUCAAUUCUACUCCUAAUACUGUCCAGACAUCAAACACAUAUGUGUUCGCUGGGAAUUGGUCAAAUUACAAUUCCAUGGAGAUAUGUUACUAUAAUCAAGAAUCUUUAGGCACAUAUGUUAAGCCUGUAGCAGACUCUGAGAAUCAUCAAAUGAAGAAUUCUAAUACUGUAUUUUACUCUAGUGAUGAUUUGAAGAGACCCAUUCAAGUGUACCAUUUGAAAGACCAACCAACAACAACAAAACACAAGCCCUCUAAUUCAAGAGGAAAAAGAGUGAAGGGGACAACUAGUGAGUCAGUUCAGCAACUCAAAACUGAAAAAAACAACACACAGAGUAGUUUGACUAAAAAACAAACAGUUGGUGGGCAUGGCCAAAGUGGAGAUAAGAUUCAUCAUCUUCAUUCUCAACAUCCAGUACAGGGUAGUGGAGCAGGCAUUAGGGCCAUAUUUCUUGGUGGAUCUGGGUCGAUAAACGGGUCAUCUGGAACUGGAGUUUUCUUGCCUCGCACAAUUAAUAAUCCCAAUCCUCUUCCUACUGCAACAACAGAACCAAAAAAGAAGAAAUCUGGAAGUUCAACGGUUCUAAUACCAGCAAGAGUAUUACAAGCUUUGCAACAACACUACAACCAUAUGGAUGCUUUGUCUCAAUCAAACACAUGUGCUGUCUCUCCCACUCACUUUCCCAAAAAUGAGUAUGAAACAGAUAAUUUGGUUAAUGAACAUUCAGAAGACCAAACAAGUGUGGUAAAUGACCAAGAGAUGCAACUACCUCAAGAAUGGACGUACUAAACUUGUUGAUUAAUGAUUAUAUUAUUGAUUGGUAUCAAUAAUAAUUGUCAUAUUUAUUGGGAAGCAACUAAUAAGGACAAGGGUGCAUGUGAAGAAUAUUCAAAUGUCAAAUAAUAAUGGAAUCUUGGUGUAGAUAUAUAUUAUUUUAAUAAAAAUAAGUAAUGAUGUUGAAAGUGAUGUGGCUUUCAAUUUCACUAAGUGGUCCAGAUGGAUCAAUAACAAGUCGUAGGUUGUAGUACAUGUAUCAUACAAGAUGUGGCUUGUUACUUAACUAGGAUGAUAUUGUACUAAUGGGAGGGAUAAAUAUCUUAUUUAUUAUGCCUUGUAGUAAUAAAAAUUGAUUGGAGGUGUGAUGUAUCCAAUUCAAGAAUGUAAAAAAGCCUAGUGCAAAUAGAAGUUGUUCUUUUUAUUGGUGUA